AUGCUGCGCGUGGGCUUUGCUGCAGCUCGCAGGGGGCAGGCCGUUUGUGGCGCGGGCCAGCGGCCGCUGCGCAGCUGCAGCUGCAGCGCAGCACAAGCAGCAGCAGCAGCACGUUCUGCUGCAGCUCCAGUCUGCUCUGCUGCAGCGCCACUUUGUCAAGCGCCUCCAGCAUCCUUCUCGGGAGGCAGCAGCAGCAGCAGCACUGUGUCGUGCAGCAUUUGGCCCGCUGCAGCAAGCAACCCCAAAUGCACAGCUAAGCGCCUUGCUUGCAGCAGCAGCAGCAGCAGCAGCAGCGGCAACAGCAGCAGCAGCAGCAGCAGAGGCAGGCGCAGCCACAGGAGCAGCCGACGGCGCGGCAGCUCUGCCCCUGAGGGCUGCACGAUCUUCACCCGCAGCAGCCCGCCAGACGGGCUAGAGCAGCAGCAUCUGCUGGCGCUGCAGCAGCAGCAGCAACUGCCGGUGCUGCAGCAGCAAGACCCCCGUGUGUCUCCCGUGCUGCUGCCUUCCCUCCGGCGCCUCUGCCGGCAGCUGCGUUUCCUCUCUGUGCAUCCGCAGCUGCUGGCUGCUCUCAGGCCUCCUGCUGCUGCUGCUGCUGCUGCUGCUGCUGCUGCUGCUGGGCUUUCGCCGGAGAGCUCGAGGGCCCGCAGAGCAGCAGCGCGCAGCGCUGCAGCAGCAGACAGCCAGCAGCUGCAGCAGCAGGCCGCGCUGCUGCUGCGCGUCGUCUGGGGGGAAGCCACGCACUUCUCUCCAGCUAUAGUGCGAGCUGCGCUGCAGUCAGAGCUAAUGGGGGAAGCAGCAGCAGCACGAGCAGCAGCACAAGCAGCAGCUGCAUCCGGGCGACCACUGGCAGCAGCAGCAGCAGCAGCUGCUGCUGCUGCUGCUGUCCUGCAGCUCCCGCAGCUGCUCACGCGAGUCGCCACUAGAUAUGUCAGGAGGCAGAUACAGCAGCAGCUGCUAGCGCAGCAAGCAGCAGCAGCAGCACGGGGGCCUUCAACAGCAGCAGCAGGAGCAAAAGCAGCACGAGCAGCAGCAGAUCCUGCAGCAGCGGCACCAGUGCUGUCAGACAGGCCCGCAGCAGCAGCAGCAGCACGAGCUGCAGUCGCAGCAGCGCUGGAAGCUGCAGCACCACCACCACCAAAGGCAGCAGGAGCUGCAGCGGCAGCAGCGGGGGGAGCAGCAGCAGCAGCAGCAGCAGCAGCAGCAGCAGACUGCCUCCCUGACGCUCUCUUUGCUGCUUGCCGCUGGCUAAGUGCUGCGAAGCAGCAGGCGCUGCUGCUUGCUGCUGAAGACACCGGGCGGGCGCUGCUGGGGACUCUGCGGACUUUGGGAGAUCUCGAGGUGGCCCUAGCAAGAGGCCUGCAGUCAGCAGCAGCAGCAGCAGCAGCAGCAGCAGCAGGAGCUGCUGCUGUUGCUACGGCGGGGGAAGCCGCAGCUGCAGAGCUUGCUGCAGCAGGAACUACUCACGCUGCUGCUGCUGCUGCUGCUGGCGCUGCAGGCAACAGCACCCAGCAGGUUCUGCAGCAGGGAAAGCAGCUGCUGCGCGCGCUGCAGGCGGAGAAGCUGCUGCUGCUGCAGCAGCAGCAAACGCACCUGUCUCGCUUUAUUCAGGCCCGAGGAGGCUUCGAGGAACCUGAAAGCAUGCAACAUAAAACCUCCAGAGGGGGCCCCCAAGGGGGCCCCCAAGGGGGCCCCCAAGGGGGCCCCCAAGGGGGCCCCCAAGGGGGGCCCCAAGGGGGGCCCCCUAGCCCCAGACUGCCGUCGCGCGUAGAGCUGCACCGUGCUGCAGACAAGCUGCUGCAGGGGAGCUGGAAGAUACGGCUGCAGCGGCAGCAGCAACUGCAGCAGAAGCAGCAGCAGCAGCAGCAGCAGCAGCAGCGGCAGCAAGAGCACUGGCACCAGCAGCAGCAGCAGCAGCAGCAACGAAAGUGGCUCACGCGGGCUUUCAAGCCAAUUCCUGUGGAACGACUAUUAGGCGCGGACCUCGCGAUCUCGAAAGAAAACAGCAGCAGCAGCAGCAGCAGCAGCAGCAGCAGCAGCAGCAGCAGCAGCAGCCUUCGUCCCGGGGUGCUGCUGGUGGCCCACCCGCUUCUGUCGGAUGCUUUUGCUAGAGGGACAGUUGUGCUGCUGACAGCUGUGAAGCGCAGCACUGUGGAAGGAGUCAUCCUGAACCGCAGCUGCAGCAGCAGCACGAGCAGCAGCAGCAGCACGAGCAGCAGCAGCAGCAGCGACUCCAAAGCGCUGCACCGAUCCGUUGCAGGGCUGCCCUCUCCCGUAGACCUUCUCGCAAGCUGGCAGCAGCAGCAGCAGCAGCGGCGACAACAGCAGCAGCAGCAGCAGAAACAGCAGCAGCAACAACAGCAAGAAGAUGAUGAUCUUCAGCAGCAGCAGCAUGCGUUUGGUAGAAGCAGCAGCAAGCCCGUAAUAGGCCGGUGGCACAGUUUGCUGCAGGAUGACCCAAUGCUGCUGCUGCUGCUGCGCGAGGCUCAGGCAGCAGCAGCAGCGCAAGUACCUCUAAACAGGAAGAGGCAGCAACUGCAGCAGCAGCAGCAGCUGUUGCUGCAGCAGGCCCUUGUAAUUGCCUUGGCUCAACGAGCUGUACAGAUGCUUCCAAAGAGUGGGCGUCCCAGCAGCAGCAGCAGCAGCAGCAGCUUCCUUAUCAGCAGCAGCAGCAGCAGCAAUCCUCAAGGGGACAACGACAGCAGAGGACACAGCAGCAGCAGCACCGACAUCCGCACGAGCAACAGCAGCAGCAACACCGGCAUCAGCAGCAGCAACAGCAGCAGCAACACCAGCGUCAACAGCAGCAACAGCAGCAGCAACACCAGCGUCAACAGCAGCAACAGCAGCAGCAGCAGCAGCAGCUUGCUGCUGCGCGUUGCUGCUGCCGAGGCAGCUGACGCUGAGCCUCUGCAUGCAAUACUAUCCUCCAUUGCUGUUGAAAGCAGCACACAGCGCGACUGGGAGUCAACCAGGUUGCUGCAGCAGCAGCAGCAGCGGCGGCAGCAACAGCAGCAGAAGCUUAUUCUGUGGCUAGAGAAUGGCCUCAAGAGUGGCGCUGCAGACAGCUCGGGUGCAGGGGGCGAGCAGCAGCAGCAGAGCAGCAAGGCGUUGCUGCAGCAGCUGCUGAAGCUGCUGCAGCAGCAGCAGCAGCCCGCCAGCAGCAGCAGCAGCAGCAGCAGCAACAGCAGCAGCAGAGUUGCAAUGCGCAAUGUGCGUCUCGGAGGCCCUUGUGAGGGCUUUUUAAAAGUGACAGCAGAAGAGACAGGAGUGCAUGCAUCUGUGGGGUGUACGUACACCUCGGAAGACAAGCCCGCCAGCAGCGCGCCCGCUGCAGCAGCAGCAGCAGCAGCUGCUGCUGCUGCUGCUGCUGAGGAAGCCCCGCCUGCUGCUCUUUACCUGGGAAAAAUGCUCUGGGGAAAAAGCCAAGUGAGCCGGGAGCUGCGGGAGGGUUUGUGGGUGGCUUUGGAGUGUACAGACACCCGAGCUCUGGCGCUGCUGCUGUUUGGGGGCUGCAGCAGCUGCACGCACUCAGCAGCAGCAGCAGCAGCAGCAGCAGCAGCAGCGGGGGGAGCAGCAGGCCCGUGCCCGUGCUGCAACAGCCGCGAGGUGUACAGACAGCUCGUUGCUGCUGCAGACGGCGAGGGGCCCCCUUUCUUCAGCAAAGCUUUUCGGGUGUCUGCAGCAGCAGCAGCAGCAAUACAAGCAGCAGCAGACACUGCCUGGGGAGCAGCAGCAGCACAGGGGCCCCAGGGGCCCCCCGCUGCCCUUUGA